AUGAAGGCUAUUCCGGUGCCAUUAUCAGUUUUUGAUGCGUCGGAUUUACUUGUUAAUGGAGGUAGAUUCAAACAAUUAUUUAAUAAUGAACAAUUAGAGCAGUUGAAGACUUACGUUACUGAUAUUGAACGUCGGGCAUUUGGUUUAACUAAAGGACAGUUUCAAAAAAUUGUGUAUGAUUUUGCAGAAAUGGAAGGCAUUCAAAAUUCAUUUAAUAAUGAUACAAAAAUGGCAGGAGAAGGUUUGUUAUCCAAGUUCAUGAGCACCAAUAAUUUAAGUUUGAGAACUCCAGAAGCCACUUCAGUUGGGCGACUUAUGUGCUUUAACAAAACCAAUGUCGAUCACUUUUUUAGUGUAUUGAAAGAAAUUUACUUACAAAAUAAUUAUCAGGCACAUCAGAUAUACAAUUUUGAUGAGUCCGGAUUUUCUACAGUCCCAACAAAGCAACCCAAAGUCAUCUCUCCUACCGGUACAAAGCGAGUGGCUAAAGUAGUGACAGCAGAAAGAGGUAAAAAUGUAACAAUUGUUUGUGGAGUAAGUGCUAUUGGUACUUAUGUACCACCAUUUUUCAUUUUUCCUCGAAAAAGAUUAAGACCAGAAUUUUUGAUUGGAGCACCCACUGGUAGUAAUGCCAUUGCUCAUGAAAGUGACAAUCAUGCCUCACACUGUUCAUUGGAAGCCAUACAGUGUGUAACGGAUUUUCUUUACAGAUAUUAA